AUGGAAUCCGAGGCCGAAUUCGAUUCUGAGUUUGUUCGGAAAUAUGGACCAGUCAACGUGGAGUGGAUUGAACCGCCAGCAAGCAACAGACUUUUUGUAAGGCCACAUGCGCUGAAUUACUUUUAUGACGGCAAGUUAUAUCGCACCAAGCAGGAACGUGGUUCCGGAGUGUUUGAGCUCUUCUUCGACCUAUUGUAUGUUGGAAUCAUUGCGAACCUAGCCGAAUCUGCUAUUGAAGAGGCUACUGGGGCUUCCUUUGUCAAAUAUAUUCUUCUCUUCAUGGCUGCGUGGCAGAUAUGGACAGACAUGAGAGAAUUUAUGGACUACUACUAUAACAACGACCUGAGCCAGAAAGCUUACGUUUUAUGGAUCAUGGUUCUUCUUGUGGUCUACGCCAACAACGCCAAUGAGGUAUUGGAGUCGAAAUCGCAAACCGGGCUGGUGGUGGGCUGCUAUAUUUUGGCUCGUUUUAGCGCGAUACUUCUGACUUUCAUCUAUACCUUUUUUGUGAAGGAGCACAGACGACAAAUGAGAUGGUUUUGCUGUUUCUCCUGUAUUUCACUCCUGAUAUUUGGGUUCAUAAUAAUUGCACCCCUGCGAGGAAAGAUCGCCAUAGCUGCUGUGUGCUACUUUUAUGACACUAUCGUGUACGCUAUAACCUUCCAUCCGUGGUUCAAAAAACUCAUCGGUGCCCGGUACUCUACCGCUAUCAAUAUCGAGCAUGAAGUGGAAAGACAUGGAGCUUUUGUCGUGAUAGCUCUCGGCGAAUACCUGUACACCAUAGUGGCAUCAUCUCCAGCAGCGAGUGGGUUCAAUGAAAGGACUGCGCGUGCAAUCAGUGUUCUUGUCGUUGCCUACUGUCUUGCUUGGUUUUACUUUCGUGGUGAGGGCUCCAGGAAGGCGAUACAUGCUCUUCGCCGAAGUGUUGUCUCCGCGUACUGUUGGAUUUACGUGCAUGUCCCGCUCAUCAUAUCUCUUAUUAUAUCUGCUGAUGCAGCGGGUGCCCUCACGAGAUCGCAUUCUCUCUACGCCAACAAGAGCUUUGACUCAGAAAGCUUCGAUACCGAAAGACCGGACUACUUACAUUCUGUUCAAAUAUUCUACGGUGCGGGUGUUGGCGUUGCCCUCAACUGCAUGAGCGCUUUGGCUCUAUGUGAUAAAAGUCUGGAUGUCAUCGGUGCCAGCAACGUCUCCUCAAAAGUCCGACUCAUUCCUCGAAUUAUGGUGUCGUUUGUGAUUUUCGGCAUAUCGUUUGCCCACAUCAAGAUUACCUUAUAUAUGGGACUCAUCGCAUUGUUGCUAGUCUUACAGCUGUUAUUUGAGAGCAUUGCUGAGCUACCCAGAACGGAAGACGGUGAAAUUGCUCUAAUUUGA